CUAUAAGUAGUAUGAAUGGCACUGAUGAUUGAAUCAAUAUGAGAUACUUGUGAUUCACCAGAAGUGUUUCGCUGGGACAGGCACAAAUUCUGCAUCAGGGCUUCCAUGAUUCUGAUUUGGGACUAUUCAAACCUCUUUUCUUGACGCUCCAUAGAAGCUUCUAUUUGCUCCAAAGAAAUAUUCAUUGUAGUUUUCUCGUCGUUACUGAUAAGUCUUGUUAAUUUGAACGCUUCAUUCGGUUCCGAAGCUAUCCUUGUAAACCCCAAGCUAGAACUACACAGCGACCUGAGCACGAGAGAAAAGACGCAAACUAUGCGAGAAGCACUUUACUCCAAUGGUUCGUUUUAGUACAGAAAAUAUAGGGUUUUUAUAGUAUUUUCAGAUGUCCUUGGGUUUCUCGAAGAUUCUGAAAUGCUACUUAACAUAGUAGCAGUAUUGUAAUCAGACAAUCAGAAACUCUACAUGUGACUUCUCACUUUCUUGGUGUUUUUGGAUAAACUACAAGUGAACGUUGAUUGGAUAAAAUGCUUCUUAGUGUUUUCCUGAUCCUUGCUUGUCUUCUGUCAGACGUUUUCUGGAUCACCCCAACACUAGUCACAUUAACAGAGAGAACAUUUUAUCGAUUAUUACAAAAAAUGGAUCAACGUUGUUAUAGUCCAUCACCGAAUUGGUAUGGACCAAAAUCACCAAAUGGUUGUGAAGUAUUCAUUGGUAAAAUACCACGUGAUUGGUUUGAAGAUGAACUAGUUCCUGUAUUUGAAUUAGUUAAAAAAAUUUAUCUGUUUCGAAUAAUGGUGGAUUUUAGUGGGUUAAAUCGUGGUUAUGCUUUUUGUAUGUAUACUAAUCGUGAUGAUACUAGACGAGCUGUAAAUGAAUUAAAUUGUUAUGAAAUUCGUAAAGGUAAAAUAUUAAGCGUUUGUUUCAGUAUUGAUAAUUGUCAUUUAUUCAUCGGUGUUAUACCUAAAUUGAAAGCAAAAGAUGAGUUAAUGUUGUAAAUGUGAAAAGUAAAUGAUGGCGUGAAAAAUGUGAUUGUUUAUCCAAGUGUAGCUGAUAAAAGCAAGAAUAAAUGAUUUGCAUUCGUCGAGUAUGAAAAUCACAAAACAGCUGCUAUGGCUCGACGUAAACGAAUUCCUGGACAAAUUCAUUUAUGGGGACACCAAAUUGCUGUGGAUUAGGCAGAACCGUAACGUGAAGUUGAUGAAAAUAUUAUGUUAAAAAUGAGUUUACCCUCAUAGUUACCUAAAUGAAAUCAGCCUAUUGAUCCUACAAAUCUUUCAAAAAAAUUAACAUACUACUACUAUAAAUUGGUAGGUAAUAUGAUACGAUUAUUUUAAAAAUCAUGUAAUUUCAUUCCUUAUACAGAAAGAAAUCAAUCAUACAAAAUACUAACUUACUUUUCACUACAUUUCUAAUCCUCCAAGUAUUGUAUCCACUGAUUUUGUAACAAACAUCAUUAUAUCUUUCAUCAACUUCAGAAACCAGAAUCUACACACUUCCCCAGAAUCUUAUUACACUUCGAGGAAGUCGGCUUAUAUUUAUUAAUGAUACCUCAAAAUUGUGAAAAAUUUUGCGUUUCUCCCCACACUUUCCUACGCGUUUUGCGCUUCUCUCCAACAUUUCAUCAUAAUCUUAAUAGAGUUCUUGCAAACUUGUUUUAAGGCAAUCCAUCUCACCUAAUUUCUACAGAUAUCACUGAAAAGCCAGGCGAGAAUACAUAUGUAUAGUUUUUACUUCGAUAUUCCAUUAAUUUUAGUCAAUUACGCAGUGUCAAAGAAACUGGAUCAUGAAGACGUCAACAUCUGGGGCGAAGCAUGGGAUACAGUGGACAGCUAGAAUGCAGUUGGACGAUCUGGACUUCGCAGAUCAUCUGGC